AUGCACGGCGUGGUCGGCGACGACGACGAUGAUACCUGCGGCAGGCCGACGACGGAGUCGCGACAUGAAGGCAGCCUUGAAGGAGCCAGCGGCAAGCGCUGCGGGCCUCGGCCACUUUCAAAGUGCACUUGCGGCCUCGAGCAGCAGGGUGCCACGCCGGUGGACGCGAAUCCCACCGUGGACGCACCGCUCGGUCCGCCCUCGCCCGCGAGCCAACUGCCUGGCCGCAAGGCGGGGCUACUCCACACCUUCUACGAGCCCGAGCCUAGUUGCGCGAAACGUGGGCGAUACAUCCUGGUGCUGGUGCUGCUGCAGCAGCAGCCAUGGGCCAGCAGCGCAUACUACAGUAUCACGAGCGCGGCCUUCAUGCCGGCCGGAAGCGGAGACCGCGGCAUGGCGUUCCACGCCAGCCAUUCCGCAGGCCUCGAUCCUGGCGUGGCCUCCGGAUCGGAUAUCGUAGUGAUGGGCCGCGCGGGCCCGCCCUCGCUGUCUCAUAUCACCGCAGACUUGUCUGUCAAGCCGGACAAGCGGACGCAAAUGCGUCGCGCGCCGAGUCUGAAGUGUUCGGGCCUCAGCUCACCCACCCGUGUGUCAGGCGGCCGCGAUUUUAUCGUCCGGCCGCCACGCGCGCGCCCUGUUACGGCCCCGGGCCCAAAGUUUUGGUGGCGCGCUGCUCCGCUGCCGGCGUCGUUGGGCCGAGGUGGUCAAAGACUCAUCGAGGUGUUUAACGAGGCGCGCGCGCCAAUUCGAAGUGUCAAGGGGGGCGUAAUGGCGUUGCUGCCGCCGACGGCGCUGGCCACCGCCGCGCUCUCUCGGCGAGACGCAUUGCCGCCGGCCAGCGGAGACCGAGCGCGCUGCAACAGCGAACCCGGCUCUGGGCCGUGGACCGCCGCCUUUCGCGGGGUUGCCGGUCGAGCCGCGGCGGUUGUGGCGCGCGGGUCUCUGGACCACACCAACUGA